AUGUUAAGAGAAUGUGCAAACCUGAAAAAGUUGCCAACAGACUUGGGAAGCCUAAUUGACCUACGUCAUCUCGAUACUACAAAUACACAUUCCUUAAAAGAAAUGCCACUGGGAAUAGGUAAGUUGGUUAGUCUUCAAACACUGUCCAAUUUCAUUGUUACUAAAAACAAUGGGGAUCAGGUAAGAGAGUUGGGGAACUUAAUUUAUCUUCGGGGGAAGCUUUGUCUAUCUGGGUUACAGAACGUGGUGGUUCCAUUAGCUGCAAGGGAGGCGAAUUUGAAUGAUAAGAAUGCGUUAGAUGUGUUAUCAAUGGAAUGGAGUGUUAACUCAGAUGAUUCACGAGAUGGAAGAGUUGAAACAGAAGUGCUUGACAUGCUACAACCUCACAAGAAUUUAAAAGAGCUCCAUAUCAAAGGCUACCUUGGUACAGGAUUUCCGACUUGGAUAGGAGAUGCUCUAUUCUCCAAUAUGACUGACAUAAGUUUAGAUAAUUGUGGAAAUUGUGCAUCCUUGCCACCACUCGGACAACUACCCUCCCUUAAAAAGCUUUACAUUACAGGUAUGAGUGCACUAAAGCACGUUGGUUGUGAGUUCUACGGGCAAGGUGGUGUUCAACCUUUUUCGUUACUGGAGACUCUAAGCUUUGAGAAUAUGCCAGAAUGGGAGGAUUGGUAUACUUUUGGAGAUCACAAAGAAGUUCAACCAUUCACUCGUGUCAAGUCUCUCUCCAUAAUAAAAUGUCCCAAACUUCUUAAAAUGUUGCCUACUGAUCUACCUUGUUUGAAUAAUCUAGAGAUUAGGGACUGCCCCAAACUCUGCGGAAUGAUGCCCAAGGAUCUACCUUGUUUGAAUGAUCUAAUGAUUUCAAAGUGCCCGCAAUUCCUAGUUGAAGGUUCCAGCAUUAGCCUCCCGUCAAUCACCUCGAUAGCUAUGAAUGAGGUUCCUCUAACAAGCCUUCAAGCGGUCCUUGAGAUGAGGAGCAUGGUUGAUGACGAACUGAUAUCAGCAAAUGCAAAGUCUAAGCAUCCGAGUUCAAUAACUUCCUUGAGCAUUGGGAUGAUUAAGAAACUCGAGCUCUUGCUGAAAUGGGUUACUCAUGGGCUGAUGGAACUCGAAGCAUUGGAGAUCACAAGGUGUGAAGAACUCAAGACACUGUGGAAGAAUGAGGCUGCCCCCCAGCUUGUUUCAUUGUUUGAAGAAGAUGAGGAUGAAGACAACAAAGGGCAACAUGAGCAGCAGCAGCAGCAACAAGAGGGACUCCCCUGCAUAGUGAGGAGGCUUGAGCAUCUAACAAUAGAUAAUUGUGAAAAGCUGGAGAAACUGCCACGGCUGCUACAUAGCUUCACUUUUCUUGGAGAGUUGUAUGUCUAUAAGUGUCCGAGUCUCAGCUCUUUUCCGGAGACAGGUUUUCCGUGCACGCUGAAAACACUCAGGAUAGGUGAUUGUGAGGCUCUGCAAUCCUUAUUCGGGUGUUUAACACAGAUUAAUGACAGUAAUCUUCAAGUGUUAGCUGUUGGUGAUUGUCCAUCCCUCACAUGCUUGAUAUCGUGCAGAGGUGGGGGGCUACCACCCACACUCAAAGAGCUUGAGAUUAUUCGGUGUGAAAAGUUGGAGGCACUGCUAGUAGUAGAUGAGGGGAUGGAAAUUACCUGUCCAUCUCUUGAGUCUGUUUGGAUCAUUAAUUGUGAUAGGCUCAAAUACUUGCCAGAUGCCCUUCCUAAUAAUAAUAAUAGUCUCAAUGAAUUGUACUUGUCUGGGUGUAAGAAUUUGGAGUACAUUCCGGAAGGAUGGUUCCACUCCGCAACAAAUCUGGAACAUUUGCAUAUCACAGGAUGCAAAAAACUCAAGGCCCUACCACACGGAUUGCAGAGCAUCAACUACCUCACUUCUCUGCAAUCGCUGGAGAUGAAUAUUUCAGAAUGGAACAACAACUUCAAGAAGAUUGGUUUGCACAGUUUAUCCUCUCUUACAACACUCCGGAUUUCAGGCGGAAUUAGCGUGGCAGAAGAUGAAGAAGAAAAAGAAGAAGAAGAAGAAGGUGUAGCGGGGUUGUCCAUCCCUCACAUGCUUGAUAUCGUGCAGAGGUGGGGGGCUACCACCCACACUCGAAGAGCUUGA